AUGCCAAUAAGACCAGAUCUCCAGCAGUUGGAAAAGUGCAUUGAUGAUGCUUUAAGAAAAAAUGAUUUCAAACCUUUAAAAACACUUUUACAAAUUGCUGUUUGUAAAGAUGUGAAGAUUAAAUGCAGCAAGCAGUUUUUCUUCAAAUUGGAUGACCUGAUAUGUAGGGAACUGGAAAAAAGGGACCUCCAAAAUGUUUCAGCCAUUUUGGUUUCUGUUGGAAGAUGUAGUAAAAAUAUUAGUAUACUGGGGCAAUCUGGACUUCUAACUAUGAUAAAACAAGGAUUAGUCCAAAAGAUGGUUUCCUGGUUUGAAAAAUUGAAAGAGAUUAUUCGAAAUCAAGGGAAUUCAAAAGAUGGAGCUCUUAUAAGUAUGAUAGAAGACUUCUUUGAUAUUUUGAUGCUUGUAAAUGAUGUCAGUGAUGAAGGUAAAAGACAAAUAGUGGAAAAUUUUACUCCACGAAUUUGUGCCCUGGUUAUUGACUCAAGAGUGAAUAUCUGCAUUCAGCAUGAGACUCUAAAAAGAAUGAAUACUAUUCUCGAAAAAAUACCUCAAGAUUCCAGAAAAGUACUGUCUAAUCAAGAAAUAUUAUCUCUCAUGAAUAGUAUGGGGGAAAGGAUUAUAGAUGCUGGAGAUUAUGAUUUACAAGUGUGCAUCAUAGAAUCUUUAUGUAGAAUGACUACAAAAAUACAAAGACAGGAGCUGGCAUAUGAGUGGUUUUCAAUGGAUUUUAUUGCUAAUGCAUUCAAAGGAAUUAAAGACUCUGAAUUUGAAACAGAUUGCAGGCUAUUUCUCAACCUUGUAAAUGGCAUGCUUGGAGACAAGAGAAGGGUCUUUACAUUCCCCUGUGUCUCAGCAUUUCUUGAUUCAUAUGAAUUACAAAUACCAUCAGAUGAAAAGCUGGAGGAAUUUUGGAUUGAUUUUAAUCUAGGAAGUCAGAGUCUCUCAUUCUACGUUGCUGGAGAUAAUGAUGAGCAUCAUUGGGAAGCAGUGGCUGUGCCUGAGGAAAUGGUGCUUUUGUACAGCAUUGAAGUGAGAGAAUCGAAGACGCUACUGACCAUAAUUCUGAAAAAUAUCAUAACAAUUAGUAAAAGAGAAGGGAAAGAAUUACUUUUGUAUUUUGAUGAGUCAUUAGAAAUCGCUAAUGUGACUAAAAAAAUUUUUGGUGCAAAUAAGUAUAGGGAAUUUACCAGAAAGCAAGGUAUUUCAGUUGCCAAAACAUCUGUGCAUAUACUUUUUGAUGCAAGUGGAUCCCAGAUUCUAGUACCAGAGAGUCAAGUUUCACCAAUUGAAGAAGAACCUACUAGUUUAAAAGAAAAACCUGGUCUCCCAACAGAACUUGCUAAACCUUCAAAUUAUAUUAAAAACGUUAAUCAGGAAGACAGGGAAACUAGUCAACUACAGGUAAUCACUCCUAGCAAAAGAAAAAUGUCCGAAGCAUCUAUGAUUGUUCCUAGCAGAGACAGAUACACUGUGAGAAGUCCACUUUUAUUAAUCAACACAUCAACACCACGAAGGAGGAGAACUAAACCACCCCUGCAAAUGAUGAGUUCCGCAGAGCAAGCUGGUGUUUCUAAAUCAUUAGAAAAUGGAGCAAAUAAUGCCAUGCCUCUUAAACCUAAACCAUCUGAAGAAAGGAGGAGAGACAAAAGUGCAGACAAACUUAUGAAAACUGCUAAAAUCGUAGAAAAGGAUAAUGAAUCCACAAACCAAAGUUUUAAUGAAUUCCAAGAUAAUGAUUCUGAUUCACAGGCAGUGGUAAAAAGAGAUAAAGCUGUAUUACCUUGUGAGUCAGAUAGUGUCUGUGAAGAUAAAGCACACUCCAAGUUGGCGUGCUGGACACCAGUAGAAAAUAUUCAAGUUCAUUCUAAGAAAAGAGCCAAGAUUUCCUCAGAAGACAUACAGAGUCAAGAUCAUGUUAUCCACAAAAAUAUGACCAAACAAAAACCAUCCUCCUCAAUAUCUGGUGAUAAUUCUGAAGAAAUAGGAAGAAUGCAAAGUACUAAAGAAAUAGUGACAAGUAAUACAGUAGAUAAACUCGAGGUAGAGAUGUGUGGAAGAAGCAAUCAGCAGCACCUAAAUCACCAUAAAAACCUAGAGGAGAAAAGUACUGAACACGUCAAACAGAGAGAUUGGCAUAUAGAAUCUCAAACUACCUUUAAAUCUGUGCUCUUAAAUAAGAGAGUUGAAGAAUCCCUGAUAUAUCGGAAGAAAUACAUAUUAUCAAAAGAUCUGAAUACUACAGUUUGCGACAAAACCUCUUCUGGAAAAAAUCUGAGAAGCCAUAGAAAAUCAGAGAAAAGACAGACCUCUGAACUUAAUUCCUGUGAUUUGAAGCAAAAAAAUAUGAAAGAAAAUUCGAAAGGGAGACAAUUUUCUGAUGCAGCAGAAUCUUUGAUAAAUCAAAUUAAUAGGCGAUACAAAGCAAAGGAGGAUAUCAAGUCUACUGGACAAUUAAAGGAGUCUGUGAUUGACAAUGAGUUUUCAAGCAGAUGUGAUCUACAGCUUAGUAAGGAAAAGGUCCAGAAAAAAAGCUUUAGACAGUUGAAGACUACUCUUGUUAAUGUUACCUCCAAAUGCCCAUUGACUGAUAUUUACAAUUUUAAUUUGAAUGGAGCUGAUGAACCUACUAUAAAACUUGGAGUCCAAGAAUUUCAGGCUACAAAUAGAGAAACCUGUGUGGACAAUUCAGGAAAAUUGGUAGAUGUAAGGAAUCGGGAUAAACUUGAAUCUCCUCUCAAAACAAAAGAUAAAAGUAUAAUAACAAAUUACAAAAAGAAGCAUCUUUUUAGUGAUGAUGAAACAGAAUACAGAGAUGAUGACAGCAGGACUGAUAUCAGCUGGUUAAGAGCACCAAAGUCAAAACCACAGCUCAUAGACUACAGCAGAAAUAAAAACGUAAAGAGGCACCAAAGUGGGAAACCAAGGUCAUCCAUGGAAAGAGGACAACCAGGAUAUAAAGUGAUACCCAGCAAAACCACCACCAGAAAGGUAAAUGAGAUAGUUCCAGAUGGACGAACCCGACUCCCACGAAAAGCAGCAGAAACAAAAAAAAAUUAUAAAGAUCUCUCAAAUUCAGAAUCAGAGAGUGAACUCGAAUUUUCACAGCCAUUUAAAGAAAAACUUCUAGAAAAGGAGGAAAAUAUACAUUCCAGAAGUAAAUGUAUAAGUCUACCAAGGAAACCUCAAGAUGCGCUCUCUGCUGAAAUACCAAAGGAGUUGCAGAAAGAGCAGGAACACUCUCCACCACAAGGAACAGGAGGAUAUACUGGUCCUGAUGCCUCCCCUGUGUCUUCACCUGGGACUCUAUCAUCUAUAGAAGUGAUGAGAGGAAUAGAGAAAACAGCAAGAGAUUUUACACAGGAUUUUGACUGUAUAACAAAAUCUACGUCACCUUCCCUCCAAAAUUCAUCUCUGGAGUCAUUAAAUAGUAAAAAUGGAGAUGAAAGUUCAAGAGAGUCCUCUCAAAGCAAAGAGAAACAUUUACUGUGUCGAAGAGAAAGGUGCUCACCAGUUCAAUAUCCACUUUUUCUGUCUACCAGCACUGCAGUAACUGGGAAUACUUCUGUGACUAGAAAAGAUACACAUUCUGUGACACUUACACAGGAAAUACAAAAUUGCAGCACUUAUUCAGAUGUAAGCAGCUUUAAUUCAGAAAAACAGGUAGUAGAAAAUGAACUCCCAGAUACCAGUGAAAGUUUUUCAGAAAGGAAAGAGGAAAACCAUUUAACAUCUUCAUCACCCACGUCAAGUGAAAGACAACAGAAAUUAUGGUAUAACAUGUCAUGGGACACUGCUCAUGUAUCAGGCCCCACUCAACAUCCUACUCACAAGCGAAUGUAUUUCGAAGACAAUCUAAAGAUUUCUGAAGAAGUAGAAAUGGAAGAGGAAGAUGAAGGGAGGGCAACUUUGCUUCCCACAAAACUGUCUAAAUUUGAAGCCACAGCUCAUCACACUUUUAAGACGUAUCAGCUUUAUAUUCCUGAGAACAGCUGGGAAUUUGAAUAUUCAAGUGUAGGAGUGAUUAAUGACAAACUUAAGAAAAAAAUCCAGACCAACCACAGAAGGAUGGAUUCUUUUACUCAGAAGUCUUGGAAAACAGCUCAACAACAUAUCAUAGCAAUGAACCAUCAAAUUCAUGAGCAUAGGAAUGAAAAACUUGAAAAAUUCCAGUUCAGCCUUAUACAGGAACUAGAGAAUUUUGAGAGAGAGUCACAAUCUUUAAAAAAUUUAGAGAAAGAAAUAAUGGAAUUUGGGGAAAAAAUAUGUAAGAAGUUGAGUGUCCUUCAGAAGAGUGAAAAACAGAGGCUUCAACUUCUGAGGGCCUCAUAUGAGAAAAAUGUCAAGCACAACAAGGAGAAUGAAGAAGAUAUUUUUACGUCUGAGAUGUGCUUGAUGAGAGAAAAGAUGAAAAGGCUACAGGACCAGAUGCUUAAGGAAAUGCAAGAGGAGGAGUUGCUUCAUGUUCGCAGAGGACUGGUCUCCCUAAUUAUGCCCAAUGACCAAGAUGCUAACAUCUGA